AUGACCAUUGGAUGUGCAGUUUGUGAAUUGUAUGGGCAUGGGCUAUUCUACAAAUGUAGUGGGGGAUGUGAGUGGUGGAUCCACUUGGGAUGCACAGGGGAUUUUGAUGCAGCAGUAGUUGAUGAUGUUCCAACAAUGAAGCACCCAAGCCACCCCAAACACUACCUCAUAUUUUCCAAGAAAACAAGGUGGUGCUCCUUCCCCUGUGAUGCAUGUGGCGCCUCUCACAAAGGGAACUCCUACAUCUGCACCCUUUGCGACUACUGGAUACACGAGACAUGUGCCCUCUUGCCGAUAUCUAAUAAUGAAAAUGCAGUUGCUGAUGUGAAAGACAUUAUCAAGGGUCCAAUAGAUGACAUAUAUGAGGAGAUUAUCAGACCAUUCGUUAAGAGAGUGAGAGAACUAGUUUCCAUCCCUCAGAAGACCUGUCAUAAACAUCAUUUGCUAAGUUUUACUACAUUUCCAUCUUCAUCGCCCCCUUCAUCAACUCAUCAUCACAACCAUGAAGAAGAAGAAGAAGAAGAAGAAGAUUACAAGGAAGACAGUAAUAUUCCAGGAUUGGAACUAACAUGUGAUGGAUGCACAUUGCCUAUACAUGAAAAGACGCAAAGAGAUGAGUACGAGAAUGGUUACAUGAGUUGUGAUGAAUGCAAAUACUUUCUCCACUUGUCCUGCUUUAACUUACCACCACACCUCCCUUCUCAUCCACUCCACUUGUCCUGCUUUAACUUACAGCCAUACAAUCCAUUUUUUUCACCUUAUCCCUUCAAUCUAACGCUUCGAAAUACUGGCAAGCUAACAUAUUGGGCAUACUGCAAUAUUUGCGAGGCUUACACAAAUGGGCUCUUUUAUACUUGUACCAAAUGUGGCAUUAAUAUAGACAUCAAGUGUGCUUCUCUGCCCAACACCAUAAAACAUGCAGCUCACCCACAACACAAUCAUCUCAUGAAUCUAGUCACGGAUAAUCGCCGGUACAAUUUUUGUGGUGUUUGUUAUGAUACUAUAUCUUCAAAGCAUGGAUUUUACAGAUGCAAUAGCUGCAAGUUUUGUAUGUGUGCUGAAUGUGUGUUGCUACCAGCACAAAAUAAGCAUAGAUUGGAGAAGCACCGAUUGUGGUUGACAUAUGAUGCGUAUGUUAAUCGUCCCGGUGACUUCUACUGCAGCAGCUGCGAAAACCAAAUGCAUUCGAGGAGGAGGAUGUAUUAUUGUCGAGACUGCGAUCAAUCCUUUCAUUCCAACUGCAUUCCUGGUAGGUCGGGUAAGUAUAGAAACAUCAAGUAUGGGAUGCAGCAGUAUGUGAUUCCCACUCUUCAUCACCCUCACCACCCUCUUAGAUUUCAAAUCAUAACCAAGAAAAAGCGUUGCGACCUAUGUCAUGAUGAUCAUUAUGAUGAGCCUGGAUUUCAAUGUGUGUCAUGCUACUUUGUCAUGUGUUGGUCCUGCACUAAAAGGCACAGGGAUGAAUUUAAGGCCAUCUGA